AUGCCGCGAGAGAAUCAGGCCCUGAUCGACGUCGAGGGAGUUGAAUUCGUCUGCAUUUCAUGUGACGAGCGUGAAUUUGACUCCGAACAAGCAUUGCUCCAGCACUGUCAAGCCGCGCGUUGUCACCAAGAUGAAUGGUGUGACAGGUGCCAAUGGUUGUUUAUCUCUACACAGGCUCACGAACAACAUACCCGGGACUCGCAGAACCAUUGGGUCUGUUCAAAAUGCGGCACCGACGAACCCGAAGAAAGCAGUCUUCGCGCUCACAUGGAAACAAAACAUUCCUUCUGCUACGACUGUCAAGCAAACUUUGCCGGUGUAUCGAAACAUCGCGUCCAGUUCCACAAUCGAUGCUCUAUAUGUGAUGAGGAGUUUGCAAAUGAAAACGAAGUUCGUAUGGUACGCGGGAACGUGAAUAUCAAACCCCAGAACAUGUUUUUAAUUGACGCUCCCCAAAAGCACGCGAAAAUCCACACGCCUCGUCAAAACAAGUGCUACGGCUGCGAACGUAAAUUCAAAAGCCCCUCUGGUAUCCUCAUCCAUCUCGAGUCGACGACCUGUGAUUCCGAGGUUACCCAGGUCGAUAUCGAUAAAUGGGCUUUCAGCUGCCACCGGAGCAACCUAUACACUAACGGCUGGUACGAUGAGUUCAGAUACCGGUGUCCGAGCUGUGACGACAGCUUCCCAAAAGUCAGUGGAUUGCUUCAGCACGUCGAGACGGCGGCAUGCGGUGCAGGUUACAAUGGCAUUCUGGAGAAAUUGACGAGAUACAUCAAGCGGCAGGUUCAAAAUGUGUUGGAAUGA